AGUUCAAAGAUGUCAUUCACAUGUCAAGAAUAAGAAACUAUGGGAAGGUAUCGCGUUUUUUAUUUAUAAAAAAAAAACUCUGCGCGUUAUAUUGCCUGUGUGUGGUUCUUUUUAACUCAGUCUUUUGUGUACAGUCCAAUUUAAAUGAAUAUCAUAUUUAUGUGAAACGUUACAUCGAAAAAGUCGAGGAAAAUGACUGGCCGGGAACCAAGCCUUGCACAGGAGGCUCAAACUGAGUUAUCAUCUGUUGAAAAAUAUGAAUUAGAGUGGAUUGAACUGUGCACGGAUUUGUCUCAGUGCGAAUAUUUGGUAAAAUUGCGCGAGAAAGCCAUCGAGGGGGAUUUGAAGGUGUCAAAGUUCCGGAGCAUUUGCUGGGCUUUGCUUUUGCGGGUAUUUCAGCAUGAUCCAACAAAUUGGCUAAAACAGAGAAGAGAGGCACGGGAAGCUUACCAGGAUCUCAAAGCUCAAUUCAAUCAUAAUCCCUAUCAGGGAAAUGUCCCGAACAACGAUGAUCCCCUUUCGCAAUCAAAUGAAAGUGUCUGGAAUCAGCACUUCUGUGACCAAGAACUCAGCAAGUUGAUCCGUCAGGAUGUCCAGCGAACAUUUCCCGGGAUUGAUUUCUUCAGAAAACCUCAGAUUCAGGAGAUUAUGACAAACAUCCUCUUCUGCUAUGCACGCAGCAAUCCCCUCAUUUGCUACCGACAGGGAAUGCAUGAGCUUCUAGCCCCACUUGUCUUUAUCAUCCACAGCGACCAUCGAGUUUUAUCCCAUGUCAAAGACCUCGUACAAUGUGUAAAUCAUACUUUGCAGGAAAUCCUUGAUCCUGAAUUUCUCGAAGAGGACAGCUACGCUCUCUUUGUAAAACUUAUGGAUAAAAUGGAAAAAUAUUAUAAAAUUACUGGAAUGGUUCCAGAUCCCACGGGACACUUGCCCACUGUUCCUAGUACUUCAUCAGGACAUCCCAAAGAUACUGCAAGUGGGGAGAUUGAAAAAUACGUAAAAUCCCUCCAGGACAACAUUCUCGCCAGGCACGAUAUUCAGUUGCAGGAUCACAUGAUUAAACUGGAAGUGCCUCUAUCAAUCCUCGCCAUUCGCUGGUUCCGUGUCCUCUACGGACGGGAAUUUUCCUUUAUGGAUGUCUUGAUCCUCUGGGAUGCAAUUUUUGCCUCUGGCAAUGAUUUGGAACUUAUUCCCUAUGUCGCUGCCACAAUCCUCAUUAGUGUCCGUGAUGUUAUAUUGACCGCUGACUAUUCCACUGUAAUCAAUACUCUUAUGAAGUAUCCCAAUCCUGUGGAUAUCGGUCUCAUGGUGAAAUAUUCUCUGCACAUGAUGCGUCCGGAGAAGUAUUUGAGACCCAGUGGAGUGUUUAUUUACGUACCUCCGCGGUAUAUUAAGCAAAUAUCAUUGGAUACUCCUCGAUCCCUGAAUCUGGUCAAGAACAAUGUGUUCUUGGGACGUACUCGGAGGGAGAGUGAUAGAAUUGAGAGAUAUAGGACAUCCUCCCUCUCGAGGAUUCACACUUCUGACUAUCUGCACAAUUUGGCUGUAAUGAAUGUGAUGACUGACACGAAUCUAGACUACCAUGACAGUGAAGUAGUCGAGGGAUAUUUGGAGAAUGAUCCGACUGUCCUUCGGCUAGAACUUCAGCAUGCCUACAGUAUUAUGAAUAUCACAAAGUGCAAACUCCUCAAGUAUGCAACAGUUCUCAAGCAACAUGCUCCUGGACAUGGAGCUCAUGAGUAUUACCGUGUCCUCGAUGGGAUUGAGGAGCUCUGUGCUCUGCUGGAAACACGUCAUACCAGCCCUAUGAACAUCCGACAGCCUCCUGUUGAGCCAGCGUUUGAAGCAAAUGAAUCUGGGCAUAUGAGACUACAUGAUCUCCAUCCUCCAAAUACUCUGCCUCUUGCCCGACGUCGAAAACCAAAAAUGCCCGAAAGAACUGAAUCAGCAAGGAAUCUCAGAAGAUUGGACGUCGAUAGAUCCUUUGAAGUUGUCCCUGCGGAGGAAACUAUUACUUUCAGAGAUGAUUCUGGAAGCUACGAAAGACCAAAUACAAUCAUGUCGCGAAAGGCAGCAAAGAUAAUUGGGGAUCGAAAGUCUCUGGAAAUGAGGGUUAUGCAGCGACAUGGUGGAAUUUCUGGGGAUGAAGAGUCCACAAGUUCCCAGAAAAUUGUUCCACAUCCCGAAAAGAUCAAGCGUCCUCCAAAUACUAAUCCCUAAUCAUCAGACUAUGGAGCAUUCCUAGGACAAUUUCUCAUGUCUGUUUUUUUGUAGUUUUAUGUGAUAUGACAGCUUCAAGUUUUUUGAAGCAAUUUUUUGUACAAUAUAAAUUGCAAUGAAAAUGCAUUAUAAAAGUUUUAUUGAGAAAAAUAAAGAUUAUUGAUCAGUUUGAGAAUAUA